CCUGCUGAAGUGUCCAUUGAUCAUCUAUUGACUAGAUUAAUGGCGUAAAGCUCGUUUUGUUUUGUACUCGGAAAGACACCCCGUUAUUUAGGUGUGUCCUGGAGAUUUUAAACGAAGUUUGAACGCCACACGUGGAGACAAAUCAUACUGCUGCACUUUCCCACAGACGCGCACUGCGCCGCAGUCUCACUGAGCGCCGAGGACCUUGGAGACUUUAUUCAUCACGGACUAGAGUGCGAGGAGUGCUGGGUUGAAGAAAUGUCCGUUGAGAGAGAUCUGCAGAAUUAAAGCGCAGUUUGUGUGUUGAAGUGGGUGCGCGUGGAGUAAAGAUCUUCACAGCUUUGUGGUGCUGAAAAUAGAGGAGCCGCAGAAGAACGCGCACAUCAUCACGGAGACUUUCAUUGCUACAACUGGACUUCAUGAUUUCUAACUAAUACACUGUGCUUAUGUUUAAUACACACUUUAAUAAAUAUUAAAUAGCUCGUUUGCACGAUGCAGCGCGCACCAGAGCGAAAAGAGAUGGACACAUGCCUGAAACGUUUAAAGCAGGAACUGACCUCCAUGCGGGAGGCAGGCGAUGGUCUCCAGACUCAAAUGAACUCUAUGAUGGGAGCUUUGCAGGAGCUGAAACUCCUUAAGGUGCAGACUGCUCUGGAACAACUUCAGAUCUCCUGCAAAAACAGUCAGCUUUAUCAACACUCUCCUCAUAGACCCACGACCUCAGAUACAGCACUCACACAUCAUCUGAAUCAUAUCUCAAGAGGAAGCAGACAAAAUUAUACACAGAUUUCAGAAGAGCCAAAAAAACAUAUUUUUACAAGAGAAUCAAGACUGUCUGACCUAGAAAUGGAACCCUGUACAUACCUCACCAGCUCCCCAUUUGAGAAACAUAGUCUGGUUUCACACCAUGCACCUAGAAGACAGGAACCUAGAGGAACCCACCACAGAGGAAGUCUGUGCAACUCUGCUUCCUUCUCCAGCUCUGAGGAUGGCAGCUUCUCCUCCUGUGGUUCUCGAGAUAGUGUCCCUUUAUGCAAUACUGCAAGCCAUUCAACCUCAAGAUCUCCUUUUGAAGAGUGUCAACCUUCAUUCCAUUCAGCCACAAUGGCUGAGCUCCAAGGACUAAUGGACACACUUUCACGGGAAGGACCCUCUAUUGACAGUGAUUUUUCUCAAUUCGACACAGACGACUCCAAUGACUGGACGUCCUCUCUGAUGAAUCAAAGCCGAAACAGGCAGCCAUUAGUGCUAGGAGACAAUGUCUUUGCUGAUUUAGUGGGUAACUGGCUUGACCUGCCUGAACUGGAGAGCCGAAUAUCUGGUGAGGCAGAGAGCACAGGAGGGAUUGCUGAAGCAUCUCAUCAUCCACUACGACUAAGCUGCUCUCAGGAGUUCUGCAGAAGACUCUCUCUAACCACCAGCAUCUUCAAAAAGGUCUUGCGCAGCAUUCGACCUGACCGGGAGAAACUUCUCAAAGAGAGAUCAGGAUGGUUACACUUAGAGGAUGAGGAGGAAACCCUCUGUAAAAGGGGUAAGAAGAAGAAUAAAGGGUCCAAACCUAAAGACAGUGUCUACAGACCCUUCUGGACAAAAGCUGGUGGACUGAGAGGGAAAAGCAAACCAAUACCAGACAAUGCAGAAAUCAAAAUUUCAAAAGGGCCAAUAUUUGAUUAUAGCUCUGCAGUCUGGGUUUAAGAGCUAUUCAUAUAACACUGAUCAUCACAGGUGCAAAAACAGAUGACUUGUUUACCGACAAAUAACUGUGGAAAUACUGCAAGUUAUUCUCAGGACCUAUUUGAAAUUUAGAUGCCAAUAAUGAACACAUGCUCAGUGUGUAACAGAGGGGGGUUUGUUUAACUCUCUCUUUCUGUCUUGUCAUCAACCUUGUUGUUGAAGGUAAAGGUAUCCAUUUGUUUUCAGAAUAUGGCAGGUUCCCAAGGCUAAGCUGAAGCAUGUAAUUACCUUUACCAAACAUUCCUUUAACAUAGAAUCAUCCAUAUACACUAUGUACUUUGUCUUUGUGUAAGAAUAAUGUAUACAGUGGUCUCAAAUUAGUAUAUAAUUGCAAAAAGUGAGCACAUCAAGACUUUUUCUAUGAAGGUAAUUUUAAGGGAAAACAAGCUGUCACUUCCUGAUGAGUCAAAUUAACUAGUGUCAAUCUGUUCAUUGAUUGUCUGCCUGUUUAGACAA